AUGUCUGAAAUGGAAGUGAUAGAGAGUGGGAACGAUUGUUCCAAUGAUUUACUUCUCCUGGACCGCGUGUUCCUGCGUUUGGGGAGUACGGACAGUGAUGAGCAGCUGGAGAGUUGCCUGACUCGAUUCCUGCCGCCUGUAAUCCUCAAACUGUCAUCGCCUCAUGAACAGGUUCGCACCAAAGUUAUGGAGUUACUAGUACAUGUAAAUAAAAGAGUUAAGUGCCGCACCUCUGUUCAGCUGCCAGUGCAGACUCUGCUGGAAUUAUAUAAAGAUACUACAUCCAACAGUUUUAUUAUUAACUUCUCAGUAAUCUACAUUACGAUGGGUUUUCCAAGACUGCCCCGUGAUAAACAGAUAAGCCUAGCCCCAUCUUUGUUAGAAGCCAUGGAGAACAAACCACAGGGCCAACAAGACAGUAUUCUCAUGAUAGUGAUGCCUCUGCUUGGUGACAUCAAGGAGACAGAUUUGAAUUUAAAGGGAAAACCUAAAGUUGCUAAUUUAAUUCUGAAGUUUGCAACUGAUGUUCUUCUUCUACCAUAUAGAGCACUGCCGAAUCCAGGAGAGAGUGAAUUUCAAGUCCCGCCCGGUAUGAGUAUGAGGACAUACAAACGUAUUGUAGAUAAAAAUCAGUUGAACCCAAACCAGCUUGAAGAGAUGAAGCUAUCGAUAGUGAACUUUAUAAGUAAGGACAUAUUCAACAUGAACGACAUUCUUGUCACACUGAUUGUGGCGGCUGCGGAUUCGCGAUUUAGUGUUGCCAACCAUGCAAAUAGCCCACUUAUUAGGUGUAACAGCUCAGUUGAUUGGUCGCAACCUUCAGUGGUUGCACCAUUAUACUCUCUAUACCUAGGCACUUGGGGUGGUAUGAAGGUGCCGCCUGAUGACCGCAAGGUUGCGGCAUGUACGAGACUGCGAUUAAAAUUGAUACAGUAUUUGAACAAAGCAACAGGUCCCGCAAUAAUGUUUCCUCAUUGUGUACAGGUGGUAUUUUCAUCUCUGUUUGACCCGAACACAAAUUUACGGUUACGAAACCAAGCGUUGGUGUUUCUCCUUAACGUAAUCAAUGGAGGUGAUCAAAACCAACUGAAAAAGGUGGCAACAGUGUUCCUACAAGGCUUACUGAAACUCAUAAGGACCGAGGAUCAUGUGGAACUGCACCCUAAAGCCUAUUCGUGUCUGGGGCGUUUGGCAAUGAAAUGUCCAGAUAGCAUAAACAACCAAUUUACGUUAUUGGAAGAACUCGUGAAAAAAAUUCCUGAAGCGACACCUGAGAUGAAGACCGCACUCAGGGAUGCCCUGCUUGAGAUGUCUGCCGCUUACAAGAUUAAUAACGAAGUGAAAGCCGAAGUAGCUGCUUCUCAGGAGCCUGGAACAUCAAAAGCUGAUGAAGGAAAGAGAGCAUUUGACGAGCCUCAAGCUUUGGCGUUAUUCGCAUUAUUAGAUCAUUACAUGCACAAUGGUGAAUCUAUGAUCCGGUAUAUCGCUAUGCGUUAUUCGGCAGCUGUGUUUCCGCAAAAUUAUGUGCCAUCUCGAUAUCUGUUAUUGCUCGCCAGUGGAGAUAGCCAAGACGAUAUCUCAACUGAAGCUUUAAAAUGCCUUUACGGCACAUCACGUCCGAGCGAAAUAGAAGAUAUUGUGAACAACGUGUCCAAGAAAGAGGCAACAACAGUGAACAUAGAUGAGGAUUCAUCCAAAAGAGACAAGGACCAAAAGAGUGAAGAGUUAAUAGUGCCAAAGUUUCGUGAUGUAGUGAUUUAUGUGUGGGACCAAAUGCAGAAAAGGAAGAAGGGGUCAAAUGCUAAGCAUCGGUUUGUGAUUGGCAACAACGUAUUGCAGUUUCAUCCGGUCACAUAUCAGGAGAUCUUACGAUACAUGCGAAUGUGUCUGAAUAGGGAUGCGAAUCUUCAAGAUUGUUCGAAUCACCCCAACGCGACGUCACCACUCCUUACUGAAUAUUGUCGAAAGCACCUCGUGGGAACUACAAUAUUGGAGCAGUACCUUAAUUUGAUCACGACCUUGUUGAACUCUAAUCCAGAACUGAUGCCUUUAACGUGCUUUUUGGAUAUCGUGGGCUGCAACCCCCAAGAAAUGGCUCCCAAAUACACCAGUUUAUUACCUUUCUUAAAAAAUAUAUACAUGACCAGUACCAAGGAAGACGUUCGAGAUGUAGCUGGAAUGAUUUACGCUAUCAUCUUUGUUACGACCAGUGAUAAAAAUACGAUAGAAAAUGAAAUAAUGGCCGCGAAAGAACUUUAUAAGAAACCGCAUGAACUACGCAAUUUGGAGACUCGUUGUGGAAUAUUAGCGGCGCUGUCUAACGUAUGUGAACGGUGUCUUGCAUACGCUAAAAGAGGAAUGUUCGGUGGUCAACACUUCGAUGCUAAGAAUUGGGCGAGUUAUAAAAUAGUUGCAGCUGCAAUAGCAAACUUUCUCGAAAGUGCUGACUCAAUGAUGAUCAGCACUGCCGUAACCGCCAUUGCGUUGCUCGUUCGAUCCAACGGACUACCUGUACUUGAUGCGACUGAGGACCAACGGAAAUUAUUAUCAUCCGAGGACCCCUUCGAUCUCAAUAUCAAUCAUCCAUGGACUGAGGACAACGAAGUCACGAAGUAUAUCAUCGUCCAAGAUCUGUUUAGGAUAGUGGCAAAUGCGAAGUUGCCGUCGAAAGUAAGAGAGAGGGCGCUUUUAUCGAUAGGACUUAUGUGCUGCGGUGAACAGCUUCAGUUCUCUAAAGAAAUCAUUAAGGCAUUCUUGCGGAUGGCAAAAGAUACGAAGGAAUUCGAAAUUCAUCUACAAAUAGGCGAGUCCUUGGUGUUGUGCGUUGAAGGCGUUAACUCCAAUGAAAACAGAGACUUUUGGACGGAAUUACCAAAAGAGGGUGCAGACAAGAUAAAAGACCAUGAUGCAUUGAAACAGAAUGAUGAGAUACUGGAGUGGCUCCUGCAGCAGUUGUUCACAUUAUCUAGGCAUCCACAUCCACACUCCAGACAGGCUACAAGCAUUUGGUUUUUAGCAUUGCUAAAAAAUUGUCCUGAACGACAACCUAUUAAGAAGAAGUUACAAGAAUUGCAGAACGUUUUUAUGGACUUAUUGUCUGAAAAUAGCGAUAUAGUGCAAGAUGUGGCUAGCAAAGGUCUAAGCUUGGUGUAUCAGAACUCCGAGGAGAGCCAGAAGCAAGAGCUAGUGGCACAGAUCAUAGACCAGCUAACGAGCGGCAAGCGUUCCGUAGCACAAGUCACUGAGGAUACCAAGAUUUUCGAAGAAGGACAACUUGGGAAGGCGCCUACAGGUGGAAAUCUUUCAACUUACAAGGAAUUAUGUUCACUUGCGUCCGAUCUCAAUCAACCAGAUUUGUUGUACAAGUUCAUGCAUCUCGCUCAUCACAACUCUGUGUGGAAUUCUAAAAAGGGUGCUGCCUUCGGUUUUCACUCAAUAGCAUUACAAGCAGGUGCCCAGUUGUCCGAGCAUCUACCCAAGAUAGUGCCGCGACUGUAUCGCUACAGGUUCGACCCCACGCCGCGCAUUCAAAACUCCAUGCAGAGCAUCUGGCACGCCAUAGUGCCUAAUACACAAGCCACAGUACAUAAAUAUCACAAAGAGAUCCUAGAUGACCUCGUGACGAAUCUCACUUCAAAUCAAUGGCGCGUGCGCAUGUCGUGUUGUAACGGCCUCGCCGAUUUAUUAAGGGGUGCCAACAGUUUACAUGACUCUCUACAUCAGCUGCCAACGAUAUGGGCUCAGUUGUUCCGAGUUAUGGACGACGUACACGAGGGCACCAGGCAGGCUGCCACAUCUACUGCUAACGUCUUAUCUAAACUAUGCAUACGAGCUUCAGACGUGAACCAAGGCAAAAACGGCAAGGAAAUUGUAUCGGCCAUACUGCCGAUUUUACUGGAAAGCGGUAUCACUAAUCUAGUCAGAGAAGUUAGGAGCGUAAGCCUUCAAACAGUAUCAGCGUUGGUAACAGCUGCUGGAGAGAGUCUCAAACCUUUUCUGUCUCGUCUGAUCCCGGCGCUGGCCGGAGCGGCCGGAGAUCUCGAGAACGUUAAAUUGUCGUACCUUAGCACCGUACUGGCGGACUCGUCUAGUCGAGAUCUGUUAGAUGACAUGAGGGCGAAUGCAGCAAGACAUCACUAUACUACUGACACUGUUGUUAAAUGCAUGCCGUACAUCGAUAUUGAAGUGAUGAAAGAGAUGCUUCCUAAACUCCUCGAGCUGAUGAAGUCUCCUCAGCUUGGCACCAAAGUCGCAUGUUGCCAUUUCAUAGUACUGGCUGCUCACUAUCUUAGGAGUGACUUGGAACCCAUUGCUGGCAAGAUCAUGAGCAACCUGCUGAACGGAACGUUUGAUAGAAACGCAACAGUCAGAAAGAAUUAUGCGGAAGCUCUUGGGCAAGUGUCGGCUCAUGCUAAGUCAACAUCUGUGGAGAAACUGAUGAAGAAACUAGUAACAUUGUACGAAACCAAGGAAGAUGACACCUCGCGGCAAGCGAUCGGCCUAACGCUUAAGGCCAUAGCUAAAGCCAAAAUAGAGCAUAUUAAGGACAACGAAAACAUCCUUGCUGCUAUGGUGUUCCUGGCCAUGCACGGUCCUAAAGAUGAUGAUGCGACUACUGUGGAGAUAUUCGAAGAGAUAUGGACGGACAUUAGCCCAUCAAAAGAGAGCGGCAUCAAGCAGCACUUGCCGUCCAUUCGGGAGGAGAUCGAAAAAGCACUUAAUUCCAGCAGUUGGACAAAGAAGACACAGGCAGCGAUGGCAAUAAAAACAAUCUGCAAAGAGUUAUCAUCGGGCUUGGGAGAUCAACGCGAACAACUGAUCCGGUCGCUCCUGGCGGCAGUGCACGGGAAAACAUUUGACGGCAAACAACACGUUCUGGAUGCGUUAGCUGAAUUAUGCACGGUGAAGGCGGGCGAGGCGAGCGUGGGCGCGGCGCUGGCGGGCGCGUGCGUGGGCGCGCUGCUGGCGGAGGCGCGCAAGCAGGACAUGCUGUACCGCCGCCACGCCAUCGCCGCGCUCGCCAAGGCGCUCUCCGCCACCAGCCUCGACAGCUUCCACCAGCUCUACGACAUCGUCAAGGGGAUCUUGUCCAAGUCCGAACUAUCAAUGAGUAAGGAAUCCGAUGAGGAAGACAACGAAGGCGCUAGACAGAGACAGGAACAACUCACAGCAUUGAAGGAAGCCGCCUAUGAGUUACUUGGCAAAGCGUGGCCUAAGGAAGCCGAGACACAAGAAAAAUAUCAAGACGUAUUCUUCGAGCAUUGCGUCACAGCGUACCCAUCGAGUUCACGAUCGACACAACUCGCUAUUUUAGGAUCUGUAGCGCGCGUGUUGGAAAGGCUGGCGGUAUUGAGCAACGCAGGCGAGCCCAUGGAGACAGACAACAAUGCGUCUUCGAAUACCGACAAGUCGAUAGCCAGUGUCACUGGCCAAGUCUCAACUAUAAUUGAUUACACGCUCAAAAACAGCAAUCAAGUACGCCACCGAAGGGACGCACUCAACAUAAUGGAAAUUCUAGUGAAAAAACUAAAAGAUCUCAACAAAGUAGAGGAAUUAGAAAAGCUUAGAAACAUUUACCAGUUGUACGUACAAGAGCUGUCGAAAGAGCCGUCGCACGAAAUAAGGACCAAAGUGGACAGUAUUAAGAGUGGAACAGACUAUGAAAAACAACAAAACAUUGUUACUGAAUUCCUGUUAAACAAGAAAGCGAUUGGCAGUGUUCUCAACUUCAUCUUAAUAUCGAAAAGAACAUCUAUGUUGAGGAUUAAAAGGAAAUUCCACAACAUCUCAAUAUUAAACGCUAACGCUCCGACAGAACUCAUCUCAGAUGAAAAUAAAGACCGCAUCUACGAAGACCUGGAAGUGGCAUUCGAUAAAAACCCAAAUCAACGCUAA